GGCCGUGUCCUGCGGGUUCCCGGAUAUGCAUCACAAAGGCUAUGAAGCCAAGUUUGCUCACAUGCAAAAGAGACUAAAACGUCGCCGUCUUUCUGUCUUCUUUGGGACGUUCUAGCGACGUGUUGUGCUUUUGUGUCCUCGUCUCCAAAGCACAAGUCCACACCUCAUUUUGAAAAGGAGUUGUCUUGCUAGGCUACAAGCAGCUAAAGUGCCUCAACAUCUCCUAGUGACACUUUCCAGGACAUGGCGGAAGGAGGCUUUGACCCUUGUGAGUGCAUCUGCUCCCACGAGUAUGCCAUGAGGCGCCUCAUCAACCUGCUGAGGAACUCUCAGUCGUACUGCACAGACAGCGAGUGUCCACCAGACAUGCCCGGACCCAGCAUGGAGGGCCUGCUGGAGGGCGGAGGAGAUCUGACGGUGCCCAUGAUGCUGAUGGGCUGGGUGGUGCUGGCUGUCAUCCUCUUCCUGCUGCGCCCCUCCACCCUCAGAGGAUCCUCCGCCGCCGCCGCCAAGCCCGACAGAGCCCACAGUAGCGAUGAGCGGGAGCCGCCAGCGCCCCCUGUGGACUAGCCAAGGGAAGGUGGAUCCUUCAUCUCAGUGGACUAGCCAAGGGAAGGUGGAUCCUUCAUCUCAGUGGACUAGCCAAGGGAAGGUGGAUCCUUCAUCUCAGUGGACUAGCCAAGGGAAGAUGGAUCCUUCAUCUCAGUGGACUAGCCAAGGGAAGAUGGAUCCUUCAUCUCAGUGGACUAGCCAAGGGAAGGUGGAUCCUUCAUCUCAGUGGACUAGCCAAGGGAAGGUGGAUCCUUCAUCUCAGUGGACUAGCCAAGGGAAGGUGGAUCCUUCAUCUCAGUGGACUAGCCAAGGGAAGGUGGAUCCUUCAUCUCAGUGGACUAGCCAAGGGAAGGUGGAUCCUUCAUCUCAGUGGACUAGCCAAGGGAAGGUGGAUCCUUCAUCUCAGUGGACUAGCCAAGGGAAGGUGGAUCCUUCAUCUGUUUUCUUUUCCAAACUUCUUCAUUCAUUUUUGUUCAGGAUUUUCUUCAUUAAAUCCCAAUUAAUGCU